GGUGUCCGUGCAAAAACAAACGCAGGAAUGUUCAUUCCUUCAAACACCUCAAACCUUUUCCUCGCUUGCUUCCUCUAACCCUCCCUUUCUCCUCCUCCUCCGUUCGCCGGUCCGGCGAUCGUUGUGCGUUUGGAGUUCUCGCCGAGGUUCUCGCUUGUUCACUAACAGGUUUGUUUGGAAGCAUGGCAUCGGGAGAUUUGGAUGGCCAAUUUUCAGAAAUGAAGGUUUGUGCGGAUCCACUGUGCAGUGGGAGUAGUUUGUCGGCGGGCAAUGGAGUGAUCGAUGUUGAUGAUGAUGGUGUGCAAAUUACAUGCUUUACAGAGAAUGUCCAUGAUGUCGUGCUUCAUUUUCAGAUCAUUAGGCUUGCCAAGCAGAUUUUUGCAUGGAUUGGAUGCAACUCGGCCAAACUUGGACACAUGCAUGCAGCUGCAAGCACUCGGCCGAUGAACACAGUCAGUGUUGCUGCUUUAAUUGGAGGAGGUGCUAACAGUACAGGUUCAAGCGUUGCUCGCCGGUUAGCAUUGAAGACAGGUGUCAAUGUAGUCCUGGCCUGCAAUAUCCCAAAUUCAAAAGAUAGCCAAAUGCUAGAGGCAGCUGCUGAAAGAAAAUUGAUGGAGAAACUCACAACUUUGGGAUACAUCACCAGGCCAGCAUCUCAAAAUACAUCCAAUCAAUCAAGCAACAGCUGAGAAGAAAAUGAAAUGUCCUUGAUUGAUCAGAUGUUUCAUUUUUUUUUUUCUAAAUGUCCUUGAUUGAUCAGCUGAACACGACAUUAGGUUUUGCCUUUUGCUUUAUGUAUUGCCAGAAAUUUCAAACUUUCAUUGGUGGGUUAA